AUGGUAUAUAUACCGCCUUUGAACUUCGCUCCUGUGGUGAGUACGGAGGUGUCACUUUAUCGAUCUGGAUAUCCGAUGCCACUGAACUACCCGUUUAUUGCAGAUCAAUUGCAGCUGAAAACGGUGAUCUAUGUGGGGGAUAAAGACGUUUCAGAAGACUACAGGGGUUUCCUGGAGUCGCAAAACAUCGUGUACGAGUUUGUGCACGUUGAGUCGUGUCGCGACGCCAAUAUUAACGAACAGAUGAAGCAGGUGUUAUUGAAAAUCUUGGACAAACGCAACUACCCGAUCCUGAUCCACUCCAACAAGGGCAAGCACCGUGUGGGCGUGGUUGUGGGAAUUAUACGGAAACUUCUGCAAGGAUGGUCAACCACGGGGAUCUACCAGGAAUACGAUAUUUUCAGCGGGGGACUCAAGGGCGGCGUGGACCUCGAGUUUAUCACGAUGUUUGAAACGGACCUGAAUGUGACAAGGGAGUCGGUGCCGGACUUUGUGAAACUACAGGAUAAAACCUCGCGUCACGAGGAGAAACCAGAGGGCGCUGCCUCCCAGCUGGUAUCGUGA